UUCAACGCCAUCAGUGCAGCGGUGCUCACAUAAUGUGGGAAAUUAAAGCUCAGACACGCAGAGUCUCAGGAACGGCGAGACAUUUCUUGGAAUAAAUUGCAUGCCUCUAUCCAGUGGAUGCGUGAAGAAAAGAAGCUCUGAAUUCUGUGAACAUGAACUUAGGUGAAAGCUUCAAAAGUACAGCUUUACAAGUUCACAUGGGGUGGUGAAAUACCUCAACGCUCUUCAUCAGCACAGCAGCUCUUCUGUCAACUAACCAUCACAGAGCACAACUGCAGCUUUGAAGAACUGAAUGCGGCUCCUCACAAAACACAUGGAUUAUCGUUGCUGAUUCAAGAAAACAGAGCAUGGAGACCUUCUCAGAGGAGGCAGGUUGGGAAGGAUCCCUCCAUGCAACCGCUGCAUGGUCUAACUUCUCCUCCUCAUUCUCUGAGCAUACUGGACUCAACAGUACUUUCAAAGGAGGCUCAUACUUCUGGAUGGUGUCUCAAAACAACUCAAUAAACCCCACUCAGGCGCCCGGUCCGGUCAGGGUGCGGGACAUAUCUCUGGCUAAAGCUGAGAUUGGCAUUCUGGGUCUGGUUCUCGCUCUCACAACAUUAGGGAACGGUUUUGUACUGUGGGUUCUGCUGAGGCGGCGCAAAUACAACGCACCCAUGCACCUAUUUAUGGUAAACCUGUGUGUUGCAGAUCUUGUGGUGGCGUUUUUUCAGGUGCUCCCGCAGCUAGUAUGGGAUAUCACAGAGAGAUUUCAAGGUCCUGAUGUGCUGUGCCGCUCAGUCAAAUAUCUGCAGAUUGUGGGAAUGUUUGCAUCCUCUUACAUGAUUGUUGCUAUGACAGUGGACCGCCAUAAUGCCAUCUGCUGCCCCCUGCAGGCUUACAAAGGAGGGGCAGUUUCACGCUGGAAUACACCCAUCAUGGUAGCCUGGGGUCUAGCCCUUGUUCUCAGUGUGCCACAGGUGUUUAUUUUCUCCAGGUCAGAGGUCUCUCCAGGGGUGUUUGAGUGCUGGGGGAAUUUUGCUGAGCCUUGGGGGCUAAAAGCGUAUGUCACCUGGAUGACUAUAGCUGUGUUUCUGCUUCCUACCUUUAUUAUCACCGUUUGUCAGGUACGAAUAUUCAGAGAGAUCCAUGACAACAUCUACCUGAAAUCAGAACGUGUGGUUUCUGCUGACAUGAAGACGAACCUGGUCAUUUUUCACUUUCCCAUCUUCAAAAAACGGGCCAGCACAGUCCGAGAGAGAGCAAAACGCUCACGAAAGACGAGAGAAGCAAGGGAACUUCAUAAAAAGAAUACCAACAGUGACUCGUCCCAUUCUCACACCUGCAACGCACCAGAGCCGGAUUGUUGUGACCAAUCUUGUCAGGAUGGCUACAGUCCCAAUGACCUGGCCUCACAGACUCACAUAUCAUCCCCUGAUGUGCUGCCUCGCAUUCAGACUCACCCUCACACCAUCUGGAGCAACUCUACUGCUGUCCAGACACCAACUCUGAACUCUGUUCCUCACAGGAACUCUUACAACACCACUACUGAGUACUCCAAUGCUUCUUCAAACCCCUCUUUCCCACCUUACCCCCUCCAUCCACCUCUUACAGGUGUGUCGAAAGCUAUGUCUAAAACAGUGAGGAUGACUCUGGUCAUUGUGCUUGUCUACACCUUGUGCUGGUCACCCUUCUUCAUUGUACAGCUGUGGGCUGCCUGGGACCCCAACCCCCCUGACCAAGGAGUGGCUUUCACUAUCCUGAUGCUGUUAGCCAGUCUGAACUCCUGUACGAACCCAUGGAUCUACACAGCCUUUUCCAGCAGCGUGUCCCGUGAACUUCUCGCUCUGCUGCGCUGUCGGCCAAAGCUGCCCCGCAGGAGCUCAAUGCACGACCACUCCAGUGACAUAAACACCUCCACUACCAAGGACAACCAGUACUGACCCCUACAGAAUAAAUGAAAACUGAGUGUCAGCAGAGACAGGGAUUUAUGCGGCUGUAUCUGUCCUAUGCAUGUGGAAGACAUGUUGUUGUGAGAUAUUGCCACAUCUUCUAUUCAGAGUAUCCGAUGAUGCCACUUUAACCAAGUGAACUGUGAAGAGUGGCUUAUUAUUAACCAAUUUAUGAUAUCAAUUUGAGGAUUUUAUGCAAAAAUAGACCUCUUGAGUAUGAGACUGAUCUUUGCUGUCUCAUCAAACAGGAUAAAGAACAGCUUACUGACAGUCAUAAUAAACGUAAUUAAAUUCUAAAAUU